AUGUCUCGCCGAGCCCCCAAGGGCGAGUACAUCGAGACCGACACAGGUAACAAGGUCGCUCGCAAAGCUGUCCUCGUCGGUACUCAAAACAUCAUGCUCGGCGGCAAGACCGUCAUCCAACCCGAAGUCAUGAUCCGCGGUGAUCUCGCUCGAACAGCCACAUCGUCAUCCUCUGGCACCUCGCCAGCGAACAACACAGCCGUCGCCAUCGGCCGAUACUGCUUCCUAGCUCGAGGUGUCCUGCUGCGUCCACCGGGCCGCAUAUACAAGGGCGCUUUUACAUACAUGCCCCUACGCAUAGGAGACCACGUCUUUGUUGGCCAAGGGACAGUAGUCCAAGCUGCAGCUGUGGGAAACCACGUACAGAUCGGAAAGGGGUGUACGAUUGGAGAGUUUGCUAUUUUAAAGGACUACGUCAAGGUAUUGGAUGGGACGGUUGUGCCGCCGAGUAUGGUCAUUCCGAGCUUUUCCAUCGUUGCAGGACAGCCGGCCAAGGUUAUUGGGGAGAUCCCGGAGGGAGGUUAUGAUGAGUUUGAAUUGAGGGAUAUGUACAAGACGGUGGGAAAUAAUCCCCAUCCUCCAGCGUCAUGA